ACCAUUAAGGCCUCCUACGCACUGGCGACCAUGGUCGCCGCGACCUAGCCGCGGCGGCCAGUGAAUUCUGGACUUUAUAUGGCAAUCGCUAUAGCCCCUACGCACUUAGCGGCCAGCGACCAGCGGCCACCGUUGGCCGCGGCGUCCAAUUUGAUGCCACGCGACCAGCGACCAAUCGUGGCCGUCGAGAACAUCACUUCUGUAUUAAAAUUCAUCAGUGCUACCGCAUCGGCCGCGGCGACCAGACGUGUAGCUAGCUACAGAGUGAUUAUUUUACAAUGGCCAAUUUCGACACGGAAAGGUUCAUAAUUGAAGUUGAAAAUAGAAGAGGUUUAUGGGAUUUAGCAUCAAAUGAUUACUCCAAUAAAGAUGUUAAGCGGCAGUUGUGGCUUGAAGUGGUCGAUAUAUUUGGCGGUGAAUCCAUGGAAGAUAAAGAAAAGGCAGAACUUGGCAUUACUCUCCAAAAAAGAUGGAAAAACCUUAGAGACUGUUUCACAAGAGAGCUGCGCCGUCUUAAAGAUGUCAAAAGUGGUUCUGCUGCAAAACGUAAAUCACAAUACACCUAUUUCAACCAAUUACUGUUUUUGAAAUCAGUGCUGGACACAAACGCAACAGAAAAUAGUCUCGAAGAGGCAAGUCAAGAAAAUGAAAGUGCAAGAUCUUCUGAUCUUGAGACUCAACAGUCUGCAUCAAAGUCGCUUAGAACAAAAAGGAAGAAAAAAAUACCAAACGAAGAAUCCGAUACAGACCCUCUAAUUUCAGUUCUGCAUAAGACCAUAGCGACUACACAGAAUGAUUCAAAUUGUGACAGACUGUUUCUUUUAUCCCUCCUCGAAAGAUUUCAAACAAUCCCUGCUGCAAUGAAGACCAAAGCGAAAAUGGAAAUCAUGGAAAUUAUAGAAAAAUACCAACCGAACUAUUCAGGUUAUUCUACUACCAACAGGAUAUCAGAUGAUUCAAAUUACAGCGAUACUCAUACUCAUUAUUCUGAUAUUUCUCAAAAUUCAGAAAUGAUAGACCUAUUUCCCAAUUUGAAUGAUUAAUUGUUCACAAUUGCCAUUUUUUAAGUUAUGAAAAUACAAAUAAUUUGAUUAUCUACUUCAGUUUUUUAAUAUUUAAAAACAUGUUAUAAGCAAGCCCUUUUCCUCUCCUUUUCAAAGUCGUAAAGUAGAAUACUACUGAACAAUAGUUCAUAAAUUUUUUAAAGUGGCAAAACCUUGGUCAAUGAAUUAUACAGGUUGUUGUGAAAAACGCAACAGUGGUGGUUUAGGGUGAUUCAGAAUCAAGUCUUGUAUAAUUCAAAUUUACAAAAAAAUCCGUUUAGCAGUUUAAGUAAAAAAAAGGCCCUAUCACAUUAUUUUUAUUUUUCCUGUACACAAUACUCCAUUCCGAAACAUCCUUUAAAAUAUAUCACGUAUUUUUUAAACAUUCUGUAUUUAAAAAAGAAAAAGCUUACCUU